AUGAAGUUUUCGGCAGCAGCAACUAUUUUCGCUGUGAUAUCCACCACCACGACGGCCCUGGCUGCUCGUCUUCCUCUUCCUAUCAAGACGUCGAGUGGUCCAGUCAAGCCCAACUCGUACAUAGUCGUGUUGAAACCUGGCACAAACAUGGAAGCUCAUAUCAAGGAACUCACUGAACUAGCCACUCGGAGCCCUGGGUCAGAACUAUCAAUCACUCACCAGUAUGAUGAAAGGGUUCUGCACGCUUACUCUGUACAAGCAAUUGGCCCACCUCUUAAUCACAUCCUCAUUUCCCCCGACGUUGACUACGUCGAGCCUGAUGGCAUAGCUUCCAUUAAAUAUGAUGUCCACGAGGAGAAUGAGGUAGAGCGCGAGGAUGCUCCGUCUGAAUUGACGAACGGUUUGGCUGAAUUCGGGGGCCGCGCUGCGGGUGGGGCUGGUGUCGUUGUUUACGGGAUAGAUACCGGAAUAUACACUGCACACUCCUGCUUCGGUGGACGUGCUUCUUGGGGUGCCACCUUUGGCGGUUAUGCCAGCAGGGAUGGUAACGGCCAUGGUACACACACCGCUGGGACAGCCGUCGGAACUACAUAUGGUGUGGCGACUUCGGCACGAAUCGUCGCGAUCAAGGUUCUCUCCGAUCAGGGUAGUGGGUCCUACUCCGACAUCAUCUCAGGCGUCAACUUCGCUUAUAACCAAUUCCGAACGACUCGUGCUCCUUCCAUCGCUACGAUGUCCCUUGGCGGACCUUUGUCCACUGCGCUUAAUAGUGCCGUCAACAAUGCCAUCGCCGGUGGAUUGCACUUCACAAUCGCUGCAGGUAACAGCGCGGUGGACGCAAGGAACACAAGUCCUGCAUCUGUCAUGGAUGCUAACACCAUUGGCGCUGUCGACGGCAGUACGAACAGGAUAGCGUCCUUCUCCAACUACGGAUCCAUUAUCGACGUUUUCGCCCCUGGUGUUAACAUUCUGAGUGCUUGGAUCGGUAGCACGACUGCCACAGCCAGGUUGAGCGGCACUAGCAUGGCAACUCCAUACGUUGCGGGUGUGCUUGCCCUUGCUCUAAGUGAAUAUGGUCAAGUGUCUCCGGCUGGCCUAAGUAAUGCCUUGAAGACGCAUGCCAGGCCAGUAGUCACGGGUCAGCCAGCGGGAACGACGAAUUUGAGGGCAUAUUUUUGGUGA